AUGGACAGUAGGGAUGAUGCAGGCUAUGUGCAUGGCGAGAUAAUCGGUGUUCCGGUUUCUGAGAAAGAUAUAUAUGUUGAUGCAUUGGAUCACAUUGAGAGGAGUUUCUCUCUCUCUGACAGCGAGCAUGUGCGACAGUGCAUUCGACCCACCUCGGUUUAUAGAGGUCAUGGACAUGUAUAGCACAGAACAAAGAUAUGUGGUGGAGGUUGAUAUUGUUCCCUCCAUAAGCAUUGUUAAGAACCGAGUGUACUCUGUUCGUCUGCCGAACUUCAAAGAGUCCUCUAACAAGAUUGAGCAUGAAAAGGAAACAAUCUAUCGCAGGGUAGGAUCUAAAACCGAGCCAGUGAGUGAUCAAAAUUACUUCUACCAGCGAGUCAGACAGAGAUGGCCGAAGAGAAGAGGCUGAGCAUUGUCGAUAUGUUAACACCCCAGACAUCUGCCAAGACCUUGGAAGGAAACUCACCAUGCUGAUAACCAGUGGCAAGAAAUUCAUUGAAAAGGAGAAAUGGUACAUUCUUGUCACUAACAAGUUCAAACCAGAUGACUUGAGCAACAUUGACUUCUUGCUCAACAUGAACAUUUUCUGUGUGUUCGACUUCUACCCAGAUUCCAAGCUGUCAGGACUGUGCAGUAAAAACAUCCAGCACCAUGCUGCAAAUAUACAUUUCAUGCAGAACUACAAAAUACCAAGUGGUAUAAGCAUUGCCGAUUUUGUGAGCCAUUUGCAUUUGUUUGAGCAAACUAGCUGGAUCUUUUGCAAUGGACGAAGCGAUUACAAAGGGAAUGAAAACCCCUCUGAUGAAAUGACAUGGAUUAAAACGAAGAUGACACUCCUCAGGGAAUCCGUGUCACUGAUCUGCAAACAGAUCUUGCCAAAAGGAACAUUCACUGUGGUCUUCCUUCUCACCUCCCCAGUUGAGAAACCACUUUUGCACACCUUCUAUGAGUUCUUCACAGAUAUGGAAGGUCAUGAAGACAUCAUUUGCAUCUCAGAAUCUGAGGACAACUAUCAGAAAUGGCAAUGUUUUGCAGAGGGUUUAUGUGGAACAGAAACUGUGAACCGUUCCAGUGUUGUCGGGAUGAAAAUGAGCCAUGUUGAUGCGACACCAAACACUUGCCUAUCUACCUGA